AGAGAGGAGGAGGAGGAGAGGAGGAAGAAGGAGGAAGAGAAGGAGGAGGAGGAAGAAGGAGGGAGGAGGAAGAAGAAGGAGGAGGAGGAGGAGGCGCCCCGGCCGCCGUUGCCACGUCCCCGACGCUUCCCCAGCCGUCGCCUUGUCCACCGGCGCCCUGGCCCCUUCACCACCGCCGCCCUACGACGCCCACUAGAGAAGAGCCAGUCGGAGCGGCGCCGGAGUACCUCGGCGACCCCGAUCGCCUUCCUUGCCGCUGCGGGUCUGCCUGCACCGCAUCGCCUCGCCACUGCACCGACCCGCCACGGCCCCGCUAGCCUGACUCCACCGCCACCCUAGAGGAUGGAGGACCGUGAGUGGAUGUACACGGGCCGCGCAAGUCAGGGUCAGGUCACCAAUGAAUGGAUCGACAAGACUGAUGCUUUCUUGGAACGGGCAUUUGGCGUGGCUGCUAAAGGAGCGAGUAAAAUUUGCUGUCCCUGCAGCAAAUGUGCAAACAGGAAAAGACAAACGAAGAAGGUCAUGGGGGAACAUCUUUGGAAGAAUGGAUUUACGGCAGACUAUACCCGGUGGGUCUACCAUGGUGAAGCCGAUCGUAUGAGAGAGGAGGUGGUGAGACCACGCGUCGAGGAUUAUGAUGCUGAUGCCGGGGUAGCAAACAUGUUAAAUGACUAUCACGAGGCACAGUUCGCUGAAGGACGUACGGAGGAGGAGCCAGAGGCAACCGUAAAGGCAUUCUACGACAUGUUUGCCGCGGCACAGAAACCCCUUCACGGCCAGACAAAGGUUUCUCAACUGGAUGCCAUUGGACGCAUAAUGGCGUUAAAGUCCCAGUAUAGCCUGAGUCGAGACGCCUUCGAUGGUAUGUUGACAGUUAUUGGCAGCCUACUUCCGGAGGGUCACCUUCUGCCAAAGAGCAUGCACGAGUCACAGAAACUCCUUCGUGCACUUAAGAUGCCGUAUGAGCAGAUACAUGCUUGCCCGAAGGGGUGCGUCCUAUUUAGGAAAGAAUACGUGGAAGCAAAGUACUGUCCAAAGUGUAAAUCAUCUAGGUUCCUGGAGGUAGAUUCUGGUGAUGGCCAGAAGAGGCAGCUUGACAUUCCCGUGACAAUCCUACGGCACCUUCCGUUCAUACCGAGGAUCCAACGGCUAUACAUGACCGAGGAAUCCGCGAAACAGAUGACAUGGCACAAAAAUGGCAAACGAUACAAUCCUGACAGGAUGGUACAUGCAUCCGAUGGUGAAGCAUGGACCCACUUUGAUGGCAUUCAUCAUGAGAAAGCUAAAGAGGCUCGUAAUGUACGUGUUGCGCUGGCAACAGAUGGGUUCAAUCCUUAUGGAAUGAUGGCUGCCCCAUACACAUGUUGGCCCGUGUUCGUUAUCCCCCUCAAUCUCCCCCCCCCGGCAUAUGCAGAGGCAUACAUUCUGGAGGAGGUGGCAAACUUCACAACAACAUACUAUGGUGACAACCUCCCUAGCGUGCAUAAUCCACCCCCUCGUUACAAUGCUGGCGAAAAUGAAUCGAACCUCAGCCUUUUCCGAGGGCAACUCGGAAGCGGAAUUUCUUCAUGA